AUGCAGUCCUUACUCACCGCCGGUCGCUCAGCGCACCUCGCUCUGGGUAAGCGAGCAUUCACCUCGUCUGCCCGCAGAUGGCAGGCCGUGCCCCAGGAGAAGCCUGUUCUCAUGAAGGAAUUCAAGAUCUACCGCUGGAACCCAGACCAGCCAGAGAAGAAGCCAGAGUUGCAGUCGUAUAAGAUCGACUUGAACCAGACCGGGCCCAUGGUUCUUGAUGCCCUCAUCAAGAUCAAAAACGAAAUCGACCCAACGCUCACCUUUAGGAGGUCCUGCCGAGAGGGUAUCUGUGGAUCAUGCGCUAUGAACAUCGACGGCCAGAACACUCUCGCUUGCUUGUGCAGAAUUGACCGAGAAGGCAGCAAGAACACCAAGAUCUACCCUUUGCCUCACAUGUACAUUGUGAAGGACCUCGUCCCCGAUAUGACUCUUUUCUACAAGCAAUACAAGUCUAUCCAACCAUGGCUGCAGAAUGACAACCCUCCUGAGAAAGGGGAACAUCUCCAAUCUCCCGAGGAUCGCCGAAAACUGGACGGAAUGUACGAGUGCAUCCUGUGCGCGUGCUGCUCCACCUCCUGCCCAUCCUACUGGUGGAACCAGGAUCAAUAUCUGGGCCCUGCUACCCUGAUGCAGGCAUACAGGUGGAUUGCGGACUCUAGGGACACCCAAGGCGCAGAAAGAAAGGAGAGGCUCCAGAAUGAGAUGAGCUUGUACAGAUGCCAUACUAUCUUCAACUGCACACGUACUUGCCCCAAGGGCCUCAACCCCGCUGCUGCCAUCGCUAAGAUCAAGCUCGAGCUGGCCGUCGACUAA